AUGAUUAUCUCGUGUGGUCGAAUUUCGAGAUGAUAUUUAUUAGAACACGCAGCGAGCCCGAGUCCUCCACCAUCUUCCACCCUCCUAUCGCACCUCUCAUCUCCUUCAUCUCCUGCUUUUUCUACGACCUUGACCAUGUCUACCGCCCGCAUCCAACACCCCGCUCCUGGCUUCACCGCCCCUGCUGUCGUUGAAGGUCUCUUCAAGGACAUCUCCCUCUCUGAGUACCUCGGCCAAUGGGUUAUCCUCUUCUUCUGGCCUAUGGACUUCACUUUCGUCUGCCCCACCGAGAUCCUUGCUUUCAACGACGCUCUCCCUGCCUUCAAGUCCGUUAACACCGCUCUCCUCGGCGUUUCCACCGACUCGGAGUACACCCACUUCGCCUGGGCAUCCCAGGACCGUAAGGAGGGUGGUAUCGGACCUAACCUCGAGCUUCCCCUCAUCGCCGACAAGAACCACAAGAUCUCGCGCGACUACGGUGUCUUGCUCGAGGACAAGGGUGUCGCUCUCCGUGGAUCUUUCUUGAUUGACCCCAAGGGCAUCCUCAGGCAGAUCACCGUUAAUGAUCUCCCUGUCGGCCGUUCCGUCGACGAGGCUCUCCGUCUCGUCAAGGCCUUCCAGUUCACUGAGCAAUACGGCGAGGUCUGCCCCGCCAACUGGACCGAGGGUAGCCGCACCAUCAAGGCCACCCCUACCGACAAGCUCGAGUACUUCUCCGCCGUCGGCCAGGAUGCCGCCAAGCAACACUAG